ACUUUGCUUUGGCACGCUUCGCGUCAAUGUCCUCCAUAAUAUUUACGUCCGUCGCGGCAGUGUUGUUUUCGUGUGCAGAAAGCAGUUUGUGUGUGUCUGAAAACAAUGAUAGUCAUCGUCAUGCGACGCCAGCAUUACAUGAAAAUCGUAUUACACCCUCUUUCCGUGUGCCUUUAAAACGAAAGAAAAAUCUGUAUAAGUAGUUUUAUUAGUGAAGUGUCGUUUCCCCGGACACUUAGCCGUUUAGCAUGGGGAUGACAUCAAAUCUUGAUCGAGCAAUACGCGGGGCUCAAUGCGCCAGAUGCAGGUCGCUGCCGAAACUGAGCAGCCAGGACGAGGAUGGGCCGACCCCUCACUCGCAGUUCACGGGCGUGGCGCACUUCGAGCCCAUCCCACACGACCACGACUUCUGUGAGAGAGUCGUCAUCAACGUCAGCGGUCUGAGGUUCGAGACUCAGCUGCGGACGUUGAACCAGUUCCCAGACACGCUGCUCGGAGACCCCGCCAGAAGGAUUCGCUACUUCGACCCGCUCAGGAACGAGUACUUCUUCGACCGCAACCGUCCCAGCUUCGACGCCAUUCUGUACUACUACCAGAGCGGCGGCAGGCUGCGGCGGCCCGUCAACGUGCCGCUCGACGUCUUCUCCGAGGAAAUCAAGUUCUACGAGCUGGGCGAACUAGCCACCAACAAGUUCAGGGAGGAUGAGGGCUUCAUCAAGGAGGAGGAGAAGCCGCUGCCGUCGCACGAGUUCCAGCGGAAGGUGUGGCUCUUGUUCGAGUACCCGGAGAGCUCGCAGGCGGCGCGCGUCGUCGCCAUCAUCUCCGUCUUCGUCAUCCUCCUGUCCAUCGUGAUCUUCUGCCUCGAGACUCUGCCCGAGUUCAAGCACUACAAGGUGUUCAACACCACGACGAACGGCACCAAGAUCGAGGAGGACGAGGUCCCCGACAUCACGGACCCCUUCUUCCUCAUCGAGACCAUCUGCAUCAUUUGGUUCACGUUCGAGUUGUCAGUGCGGUUCCUCGCCUGUCCGAAUAAACUCAAUUUCUUCCGGGACGUGAUGAACAUCAUCGACAUCAUCGCGAUCAUUCCGUACUUCAUCACCCUAGCGACAGUCGUGGCCGAGGAGGAGAACACGCUCAACGUGGUGCGCGCCCCCGUCAGCCCUCAGGACAAGAGCACCAACCAGGCCAUGUCGUUAGCUAUUCUCAGAGUCAUUAGGUUAGUGCGAGUGUUCCGAAUAUUUAAGUUGUCCCGACACUCCAAAGGGUUGCAAAUCCUCGGACGAACUUUGAAGGCCUCCAUGCGGGAACUCGGCUUGCUCAUAUUUUUCUUGUUCAUAGGUGUGAUCCUCUUCUCGAGCGCCGUCUACUUCGCAGAGGCCGGCUCGGAGCAGUCCUUCUUCAAGUCGAUCCCGGACGCGUUCUGGUGGGCGGUAGUCACCAUGACUACCGUGGGCUAUGGUGAUAUGAGGCCCGUCGGCGUCUGGGGCAAGAUCGUCGGCUCGUUGUGCGCCAUCGCCGGCGUACUCACCAUCGCCCUGCCCGUGCCCGUCAUCGUCUCCAAUUUCAACUAUUUCUACCAUCGCGAGACGGAUCAGGAAGAGAUGCAGUCGCAGAACUUCAACCACGUCACCAGUUGUCCUUACCUGCCCGGCACGUUGGGUCAACACAUGAAGAAGAGCUCUUUGUCGGAGUCGUCGUCAGACAUCAUGGAGCUUGAGGAGGGCAUUCUGCUAACGAGGGACAUCACCAAGAAGCAGAACUGCAACCCGCGACACAACAACAACAUCAACGCGAUGAGCAUUGAGACUGAUGUCUGACUACUGGGAUCACAGUUCUUCCUCCUUACUGCGUAUAUAUGAGAAAGAAGAAGCGAAGAGAUCGUUAAUUUGCAACGAGCCAAAUCUUUUGAAAGGAUCCGGGCAGCGACAGGCGGAGUGAGGUCUAUCCGGACAGCCUAAGUGCAGGAAGCGAAAGAUGCUUUUUCGCUGUUUUGUCAAGUCUUGUGAGGCAUCUCAUGAAGACAUCUGGGGCUGCUGCUGGAUCAGCUUCUUCGAGCUCAUGGUGCUUCUGCGUGCAAGACAAGAACAAUCGAGUGAGCGUACAGUUUAUGUACGUUGUGUGGGGAGGAACUUGAAACUCAACUCAUUUUGUUCUUGCCAUAAGUUUUUUAUUACAAUUACAGUUUUUUAAAUAACGUAGGCGUUUUUGGCGUCUAUAGAUGCAUAUCGAGCCAAUACGGGAUGUGUCGAUGAUGUGUCAAGUGCGGUGCGAUCCGUGAUUGUUACAAGUAAUUAUUACGUGCUCCGAGUGCAAGCUGCGAAUAAUGCCCUUUCCUCCACUCCCUCUACCCGUGAUCACUUCUCAGCCCAACACGAAACCAAUUGUUGGUAAAUUAGGAAAAAGAAUUCCUCUGGGUAAAAUUCGUUUUCUUUCUAUAUUUAUAUCUUUCACAUUCUCACUCUUAGAUCUUUCUCUCACUCUGGUAAUGACAGUUGUAGUUCCUUUAUUCCAAGUUGCCAUUAUCUCCCCACUAACGUGCCAGAGCCUUGUGAUGAACUAGUGUCAUGUCUGGCAACAGCAACCUAAUAUAAAAAGACAUGAGUAACUUGUAGAUAUUUUCCACUUAGCAAUAUUAUCAAACCCUCUCAGUAGAAGUAAUGUUAGGAUUUCCUUGGGAAGAGAAUUUGACUUUACAAAAGAUGAUUUAAAAAUAAAGUACUAACUAAAAGAAAACAGCUUUUCUUCACAUUAAACACCAUGUUAUUAAUUUUAAGAGAAAACAUGAAUCAAUAUAAAAUCUAACUAGAUUUUGAUCUAAGUAACUAAUUAAGUAAUGCAGAUCAAAGCCUGCCGUAUUAUUGCUUCACUACAAUUUCUCUCGUUCUGCUAGUAUUUUAGAGGAAGGGCACAUCAUUUUACAGAGAAGCUAAAGUAACUAGGUAUUAUUAAAGGAAGGAAACUACUAUUACUAAUACUCCAAAUCAUUUACCUGCUGAUGCGCUGUAGGCAAAACAAGUCUGUAGUAACAUAUAGGUGUAUUUAUACUUCCAUGCAACUUAACCACGUCGCUUAUAUUUCGCGGCCAUGUUGGAAAAAAACUGCAGAACGAUAUUUUCGGUAGCGCCACGUAGGCCUCUAGAACUUUCGUCAGGUCGCGAGUUGUUAUAUACUGUUAGCCCAAUUCAUUCCGCCGUUGUCUAAAAGAACAUUGUUGCACGGAGGCUGUACGAAUCUCGGGAGAGAAAAUAUGUCUUUGUUGCAUGCAUGCGUGUUUGCAUCAGGGCAGGGGAUAGUUCCUGCCGAAGCUCGAGGUUGUUUGCGGGGAGUUGUUUUUUUAAUUCCCCAGUGGUGAUAUUUGUUACUACAUAGUUUUGAAAAAAGUGGAGCUAUUAUUACAAAUUCCGAAGUAAAAAGAUAUAUUACAAGGAUAUUUGAUCGCUCACACGGAGAUUAUAUAAAUAAAACACGUAGUCUAAUUUAUUGAAACCAUUAUGUACAGUAAGAAAAACUCAAGAUAAUUUCUUGUUGAAUACUUGAUUGUGAGACAAACUAGUUUUGAGCACUGUUUUAAGUGCUUGUGUUUUUGGGCUGUGUGAAAGCUAAUAUAGAGUUGAAUUUAGCUUUUUGCCUAGCUCGAAAUUUUACCAGUUAUGGCGUUUCAAUUCAUUCCUCAACAAAAUGAACUGUCCACUAUCCCUACCCUUGUUACCCUGACCUUUACUUGUCCAUUACAUUAUUAUAGCUAAGAAGUUCCCAAUGUAGAACACGAAAAUUUGCUACAUUGCUUGUAGCAUGGUAUGCAGGUACUUCACAAUUUGGACUACAGAUAUACUAUACAUAUCCAAACUGCUUUUAAUGCUCUAUGUAAGAACAGCCAGGAAGGAUCCACGAAUAAUGCAUACACUCUGUUAUGGACAUGAUGAAGUUCAUCAGGUUGUGAAAGUUUUGAGAAAAACAAAUCCAACAACAGAAAAUGUGCAACUCAGUUACUUAAAAGCUGUCCAAAGUGGCUAUAGCACGUCCAUCAAUAAUAGUGAAAUGCCACCACGAACAAAAUGUUAGACGUUGUGUUAUGUAUUACAUCUAUUUUUUGAACAGUUAAUUUUUAAUAGGGCUGAAAACAAAAGUCUGAUGUUAACCUUAAAUUAGAUAAAUAUAUCAUAGGAAAGUGACACUAGUCAUAUUUGUUACAAUUUGAAAAUUUUAUAUGUGUUGAUUAAUAUUUGUAACAUUCCUCUGUCUCCAUUUAGUCAGUAAUGAAGAGAAACUUACAUAACCUCACAAAUAUAAAUUGGUACAAAGUGUAAUUCUCUGUUUGUUAGCAACAUACCUUACAAAACAGUAUGCCAACACCAAUGCUUAAAUUAUUAAUAGUAAUUGAUAAAUAUAUAAUGUUCAACAUAAAAAACUCACUUUUCUUUAUCAUUUACAUCUGAUCAGUUCUGGUGACUGAUUUUACGAGCAGUUAAGGGAGCUGCAAUUGAUAUUAAUGGGUAUAAAUACUGGUAUUAUUAAUAUUUGUCUCUUGUUAAGAUUAGUUUAUGAUGAAUGUACCUGCUUCCAUUACAGUAUUUGGAUGAAUACUUCAGCUUCCUGAAGUAUGUCAUUAAUAGUUGUGUGCAUCAUAUGUGUCAGUCUUGAAACCAAUUCCUUAAAAUCACAGUUGACACCAAAUCAGUUGAAAUAAAGUUGCAGUACUUAGCAGUUUAUUCUAUAAGUAAAACCUAUUCUGUACAGGUGUUGGCAUAAAAACUUUAAGAUGGUUUAAUGUCAGUGACUCAUAACUGUUUGUAUUGUAUAUUGUAACUAUAGUGAAUGGCUUUAACUUGCAUUUUGUCACUAAAGUGAAAUGUAUUAAUGUAAUUAAUAGUGGCAAAUAAUAAUUUUUGAAAUGUUACAUAUCCCAAAUUCCCAUCAAAAUCAUAACAGGAAAGCUCAAACUCCUUAAAUAAAUUAUGCCCCUGUUAAUAGCUCACAGAUGGGAGUUUUGAUUGGCAGAGCAAUAAUGACCUUGGGUCUGUAUGUAGAGUAUAAUACAAAUUGACAUGUGUAUGUGGAAAUACUCAUCUUUUGAAGAUAUUUGUGUGAAUUUUAUUUUCUUCAUUUCUAUAUAUCUGUAUAGUUUUUAGAAAACCCUUCCCUCAUGAUGUAAGAGUGUAGACUAUUAAAAUGUGAGGUUAUGUUUA